AUGUUGGAUUUGGGUAGGUAUCUGUCAAGGUUUAUAAAUUGUGAAAAACAUUACAUCUUAGAAGUUGGUGAUGGUAGUACUAUCAAAAUUUGGAGGGAUAACUGGAUUCCAGGAAUUCAAGGUCCUCCAAGAGCUCCUAUUAUUGCUAUGAACCCUUCUCAUGUUAAUCAACUGAUUGAUAGUAAUAUAAAAACUUGGAGGUUAGAUAUGUUGAAUGCUAUUUUUGAUCAUGAUAUUGUUUCUGCUAUUACUGAGAUUACUAUCUAUGGUAAAGAUAAACUUAGGUGGAAACCAACUGAUAAUGGGCAGUUCUCUGUUAAAACUGCUUAUAAAGUCAUCCUUAAUGACUAUCUAGUUAAACAUCCCACUAAAAACAAUCUUAACAUAGCAUGGAACUCUUUUUGGAAUGUGAACUAUAAGGUAUUUACAGAGGUGAAUGUAUCCUCCAUUAUUAAUACUAUUAUAGCUGAAUUGGGAAGUUGGUCUGCAAGCGUAACUUCUAUUCAAUCCAGCAAUAAUAAUGACAUAAUUGCUCCUUUGUGGACCGUCUCAACAUAUAAUGUUGAUAAAAUUAAUUUUGAUGCUGCAUUCAUUAAAGAUUCUGGUGCUUAUGGGUUUGGACUAAUCUGUAAAAACAUUUCAGGGAUCUGCAAUGGACUGCGAGGAGGAUAUGGUAAAGCCUUAGACACUGAACAAGCUGAAGUUAGAGCUUUACUUGAAGCUGUUUUGUGGGCUAAAGAACAAGGAAAGCUUUCAAUUCACCCGGAGGAAGAAUGUAGCAAUGUGAUCAAUGCUUUGAAUGGGAAAUUUUCAGCAAUAAAGUGGACUACUGCAAAUUUAAUUUUGACGCACUAA